CGCUUAAAACUAUCAGAUGGUUCGAGGGUGGACAUGGAGGCAGCCACCUAGCUCAGCGGAACCACGAACACCACAGCAGCGUCCUCUGGAUCCCCAGGCGGCGUCUGCCACUGUCCUCACGGGCACUCCGCAGCCGAGUUCGGUCUCCCAGCAGGGCGCACGACCCAGGAGCGCGCUGCGGAGCCCGCAGAGAGGAGCUCUACCGGGCUGAGUCCAAGCCUAGCUGGCAGAGAGUCUCACUGCUCCCCGACGCUGCGCUCCGAUCGCGCGCAGGGAGGGACUCGGCUACCAGCCACGCCAUCCCGGAUGCGGACCAGCAACUUGGAACAACUUUAAGAUCCGACCAGUCCUCCGGGCCGCGCAGACCCUGAGCAAGUGGCCAAGCAAGAAGAUGCCUCGGCCGGGCCGCAACACGUACAGCGACCAGAAACCUCCCUACUCCUACAUCUCGCUGACCGCCAUGGCCAUCCAGAGCUCUCCGGAGAAGAUGCUGCCGCUCAGCGAGAUCUACAAGUUCAUCAUGGACCGCUUCCCCUACUACCGGGAGAACACGCAGCGCUGGCAGAACAGCCUGCGCCACAAUCUCUCCUUCAAUGAUUGCUUCAUCAAGAUCCCGAGGCGGCCAGACCAGCCGGGCAAGGGCAGCUUUUGGGCGCUGCAUCCCAGCUGCGGGGACAUGUUCGAGAACGGGAGCUUCCUGCGGCGUCGCAAGCGCUUCAAGGUGCUCAAGUCAGACCACUUGGCGCCCAGCAAACCGGCGGACGCGGCGCAGUACCUCCAGCAGCAGGCUAAGCUGCGGCUCAGCGCGCUGGCCGCCUCGGGCACGCAUCUGCCGCAGAUGCCGGCUGCUGCUUACAACCUGGGCGGUGUGGCGCAGCCUUCCGGCUUCAAGCAUCCCUUUGCUAUCGAGAACAUCAUCGCGAGGGAGUACAAGAUGCCUGGGGGGCUGGCCUUCUCUGCCAUGCAGCCGGUUCCGGCUGCCUAUCCGCUCCCUAACCAGUUAACUACCAUGGGCAGCUCUCUGGGCACCGGCUGGCCACAUGUGUACGGUUCCGCCGGUAUGAUCGACUCGGCCACCCCCAUCUCCAUGACGAGUGGCGACUACAGCGCCUAUGGAGUGCCGCUGAAGCCUCUGUGCCACGCCGCGGGCCAGACGUUGCCCGCCAUCCCAGUGCCCAUCAAGCCCACGCCGGCCGCAGUGCCCUCUCUGCCAGCUCUGCCUGCACCCAUCCCCACCCUGCUCUCGAACUCGCCGCCUUCGCUCAGCCCCACCUCCUCGCAGACAGCCACCAGCCAAAGCAGCCCCGCCACCCCUAGUGAGACACUCACCAGCCCGGCCUCCGCCUUGCACUCGGUGGCCGUGCACUGACCCACAGAAGCUGGGGCUCCGGCUUGGUCACGUCCACACCACCCCUCUCAACACUUCCCUGCUCCGGGUCCAGCCCUCCGCGACCUAAAACCGCCACCCUGACUUGCCCAUUCUACCUUCUUCAGUCCUCGCUCUUAGGAGAACUUUUGGUUUUGGACCCAAAAGACAAACCACAAACUUGCCGGAAGGCGUGUGAAAGUUGUCUUCGGUCCCUCUAGGGCGCCAGAGAAAACAGGGGCUAACCCAAGCCAAGCGGCCCCUCCUGGGUCCCUGAAAUGCACUCCCAUCCAACAGGCAGGAACACCCUGACUCCCUCCUGCUCGGGGAAAACAGAAACAAACAAAACAAAACAAACUACUCGUCUUCUGAGCUUGGAGAGGCAGAGCUCUGGACUCUGCGCAAUUUCAAGACCAGAGACACUGCCCGGAAGCAGAAGCCCGCCCAGGCUGCAGCCGCACGAAGAGGGCCGGAUCUUCUUAGGUCCUGAAAAUCUGUGGCCACUGGACCCACUCACUGAUUCUCCAACGGGAUCGCCUCCGCCCAUCAGGCCGGGAUGGGCGGACCGCUACUUUCCCUGACUGAGGCCCUGCCUCCCGGGCUUCUAAAGAUUUUUUUCCCCUUCUGGGUUUUGUUUCCGGCCAGAAGCUCCCUUAGCUGGGAAUGGAGAGGCUGCUAAAACUCCGGAGGAUGCUUGCCAGACACACAAGUAAAACACAGCUAAAAGUCACCGUUAUUGUUUACAAAGCGCGCGGUUUAAAAAAAAAAAAUGUAAACAGUGAACUUGAGAAUCUGCCAGGCUAGGGGCGAGGGGGUAGAGUCCUCUUUACAAUUACCUGUUGUAAUGUGAAUGUUUACUCUUCUGGCCAGCUUUGGGGGUGGGAAGGAGGUAGGGAGAGAAUGGGGGAAGUUAAUUGGGAUGUUAACUUUCUUACUAUUUAGAGACCUUUUUAGCUAUUUAUUUUGAUGA